AUGCCGACGCAGGACACGCUCGUGCCCGGAUGGUUUGAGGACGUAGAGGCGACUCUAGAGGCCUAUGGGGUCCCUGAGGAGUGGCGCGCGGGGUUAGUCUUGCCGCUGUUGAGCGAAAGAGCCAGAGAAUUGUUAAACCGUCUGUCAGCAGAGGACCGAAAGAAGUAUAGCGUCCUCAACACCAAAAUUCUUGAGGGAUUGAGGCUGGCGGCGGCGGAGUAUCGGCGCAUGUUUGUAACGUCGCGAAAGGGUGUCAAAGAGUCAUGGGAACAGUUCUGGGUGAGGUUAGAGAACUACUUCGAAUACUACGUCAAAAGCUGUGAGGUAACGAAGUUCGAAGAGCUCAAGGGGCUCGUUGUAACCGAUAGACUAAAGGAGUGCUUAACUCCUGAGGCGAGGGCGUAUGUUGUCCUAAAUGAAAAUGGUAAGUAUCUCCCACCUUGCGAGCUAGUUAAACUGGCUGAGAACUAUGAGGAAAGCCAGAAAUGCAAAGCGGCAGCCGGAGUACGAGCCAGCAAGACAGGCUCCACUAAUAUGGAAUUAGCAGGUACGGAAUGUCAGGGCGGACGAAUAAAGGAACCGUCGAACCCGCAUAACAGGAAACGCUGCCAUGAAUGCAACGAAUUGGGUCAUUUCGCCAGAAACUGCCCGCGCCGAAGUCAAAGUUCGACAACUAGCGGCAAGAGCAGUCAGCAACACCGAAAUGAUUCCGCCAUAGUGGCACGGGUUUCAGUACCUUGUAUCGACGCGAACGUUUCUGGCGUCAAAACAUACGAUCAGAAAGUAGACGUUCGAGGCUUGCAAACCACAGAAAUCAACAGUUCUGACGCUACGCUGACCGCAAUCAUUGAUUCUGGUGCAGAAAUCACCAUCCUGAGGAAAUCGAUGAUCCCCAAAUUUGAAAGUGCAGGCUCGACGAUCAAACUAAGUCCAGCGUUCGGAGAGGAUGUCGAAGCCGAACUGGGAUAUGUCCCACUAAGGUUAGUUGAGGGGUUCCCUUGUGUGUCUAGCGAAUCUCAGCAACAAGGAAUACUCUGCGCCUUGACAGACGAGCUGAAAAAGGGCAUAGACGGUCUGAUCACGCCAGGAGUAUAUGAGCAGCUAAAGGGGGAAAGGGUGAUUGUAGACGUUGAGCAGAGCGAGACGAAUGAGGAUGUAACUAUAGUGGCGGACACUCGCGAUGAAUAUGAGAUUCACUUGGAUGAAGUUAACGUGUUUGCUGUAAGAGCAGCGCAGAUUCCUGCAGACAGCACAACAGAACCGCGGAGAAACGAAAUUUUUCGGAACCAACAGGAACAGGACGAGACGUUAAGGGAGGCUUGGGAGCAGAGUCGCGCGGAAACGCACGGGAUGAUGGUGAUUGACGGGUUGUUGUACCAUAGGGACUCACUCUCGGGAAGCACCAUCAAACAAUUGGUCGUACCGCGAGAGCGACGCGGAGAAGUUCUUCGGGUAGCGCACGACUCCCCAUUUGCCGGUCAUUUGGGGGAACGCAAGACACUUCAGCGCAUUAAGUUGUCGUUUCAUUGGCCCACUCUCAAAGCGGACGUAAAGGAAUACUGCAGAACGUGUCACGAGUGUCAGAUUCGGUCUCCAGCUAAGAAACUGGACCGGGUGCCAAUUGUGCCGUUGUCGCGACCGGAAGUGCCAUUUCAGAUCGUGAACAUAGACUGUAUUGGACCACUUGACCCAUCCUCGGCACGCGGGCACCGGUACGCCCUGUGCGUCGUGGAUGUGUGCACAAGGUGGCCGGAGGUAGUGCUACUGAGAUCAUUGAACGCGAAAGCGACGUGUGAGGGUUUGCUGGGCAUUUUCUAA